AUGAAGACGACGAUCGAUCGGCUUCCGAUAUUGACUCUGAGUCGGGAUCGGAGUCUUCCCACUUCCUCGAAUGAGCGUCGUGUAGCUCGCAGUCUCCUCGGAGAAGGAGUUUCAGGUAAGUCUCCUUCUUCUAACUGCGCCGCCGUCAACGGUCUUUCUCGCCAACUCGGAUUCGGAUGUUCUCGCAUUCCUUGCCCUUCACUACCUGACAACCGAUUCAGGAAUGGUAAACAAAAGGGGAAAAAGAAAUGUUCUACAAAACCAAAAGAUCACAAUUUCAUACGAAGGUCACUCCUUUAUUUCAUUAAGAUGGAAACCAGAAGGAAUUCAAAUUUUGAAGUUGGAAUCAGCAUACACCAGAUUGAUAAAACCGACACCUUCCGUCCCACGCAACUCGCGGGUUACCAUCUAGUUAUAAUAUAAUAAAUUGUUGGUUGUAUCUUAUUCAUUAAAUAAAACAUCUUUAUACA